AAACAAACAAACAGCAAAUGCUUCUCUUCUCUGCCACCACGUGCCACACCCCUAACUUGGCUUUUCUCCAGAUCUUCUCCAAAGACUUUCAGAAUCAAGCAAUUCCUGGGCAAGAAACAAAAGCCAAAUCGUCCUAUUCCUCAGUGGAUUCAGGUGAAAACUGAUAACGUAAUCAAGUACAACUCCAAGAGAAGACACUGGAGGAGAAAGAAGCUGGGUCUGUAAGGAUUCACACAAUGGCAAGAUUGAGGGUUCAUACUGAAUCGUGGUCGUCAAUCAAUCCUACCAGAUGGAGCUCAACAUUAAAAAAUAUUAAUAGUUCUUUGUGAAUUUCACAUUAUGUACCCCAAACCUACUCAUCUCUCCCACCCCUCAUACUGGCCCUCCACCCUUGAAACCUCCCCCACAACAGAGGAAAACAGAUCUUGUGGAAGCUGUAGUGUGUCACAGUUUGUCCUAUAGUAUACACUUUCGUCCAUACAUCUUUCUUUGCCUGCAAAUUGCAUUGCAAUGACUCCUUGGUCUUGUACGAAGCCUCUAGCUUUUGCAGCUCUAUCAAUACUGUCUCCUCACUGGUACUUCUCUUGGCUACCCUGUUAGAGCUCUCUGUCAUGGAGAGUCUGUAGUUUUGGAUUUGUAGAGCUGGCCACUUCAUGCACUCCAACUGUUUAUCAAUGGGGUAGAUGUUGGGAUGAGCCAAUUCAAAGCCCUGG